AUGAACCUCACUCGAAGUUUAGAUCCUGAUUAUGUGCUUAAUGAAGAUGUUAAUAGUAACACUAUCGAAGAUAAUGAACAAGAGGAAGGACUUACUUGGCAACCAUCAAAUAAAAUGCAUAAUCUAUCUACAAAAAUUUUUAAAAAUAACUUGCUCCCUUCUGAUGAAAGAAAAUCUAUAUUACAAACACAUACAUGCAACAAACAUAUCAAUUUUAAACCCCCGGCAAUGGAUAGAGGGCUAUGGAAAUAUAUGCCUAGGAAUUCUAGAGAAAAUGACAAACAAUUUGCAAAGAUAUCUUAUCGCACUUCAGCAGCAUUAUCACUUGAUUUAUGGAAGGCUCUGGAACAAUCUUUACUUGAUACUCGAGCACUUAUACUGAAUAGUUUAUCCUUUACAAAUGAAAUUAGAUGUAAUGAGGCUAUUAAAUACAUUUCACCUACCUAUCAACCUGCAUAUGAACAAGAGAAAGUUUUUGGACCUACAGAACUUAGAGACACACUGGAAAAGGAGAAUGCAAAAAAUAAAAUGGAACCACUCUCCCAAUACAAGGAACAAUUUCUUCAACACAAAACAGAACACAAACCAGACUCAAAAUUAACUUUUCUAUUACAAACAUUAGGUUUACAAUCACAUAUAUCAAAUUGGAUACAACUAUUUGGAGAAUCUUUAAUUACAGAAAUUAUAAAGCAAGGUUAUUCUCCUACUUGGUCUUCAAUUCUACCAAGAAUUAUCCAACCUAUUUCACAUCAUCAAUAUGAUCAAUCAAUUAUGUCAGAAAUAAAAGACCUUAUAAAAAAAAAUAUUAUAAAACCAAUCUCUAUCAUGCUUCUAUGUUUUACUUCACAGAUAUUCUCAGUUCUCAAGAAAAAUGGCAAAAAUCAUUUAGUAUUAGACCUUAGGCACUUCAAUCAGUAUCUAAUAUACUACCAUUUCAAAAUGGAGGAUAUAGAAACAGUAAAACCUCUAAUAUUCCCAGACUAUUUCAUGGCAUCCCUAAAUAUAAAAGAUGCUUUCUUACAUGUUCUUAUCAAAGAACAAGACCAGACCUUUUUUGCAUUCGAUUUCUUUGAAAAACAUUAUACAUUUACUACCUUACCAUUUGGUUUAUCUACCAGUCCAUUAAUCUUUACAAAUAUUUUAUGUUCUGUUAUAAAACAUCUACGUACAUCUGGCAUUAGGAUUGUUGCAUAUCUAGAUGACUUGCUUAUAGUAGGAAAUACAAAACUCAAAACUAUAAAACAUUUAGAUACAAUCAUCAAUCUACUGACCUUAUUAGGAUUUGCUAUUAACUGGAAAAAAUCAAAGCUAAUACCUUCAAAGUCUAUCAAAUUUUUUGGUUUUACUAUAUGCUCAUCAAAAAUGACAAUUUCUUUGCCUCAUCACAAUGUAAAAGAGGUUAUAAGAAAAUGCAAACUUACACUUGUCAAACCUACUAUCCAUAUCCGCAAACUGGCUUCCUUGAUAGGAAAAUUAAUCACAACAACAAAUGCAAUUUUUCCUGCUUGA